AUGCCCGAACCAGUCCGGACCGAAGAGGCUCAGGCCAUUCAGCCAACCGCUGAUACCCCGUCGGCAUCAGCCCCCAUCGAGGUUGACAGUGCAGCCAGCAACGAUACCUCGACUAUGGAUGAUCGCAUGUCUUCAUACACUGCUUCUCUGUCAUCCUCAGUAGUGGACUAUCCGACAGAAUACGGCCGGACAUAUCACGCGUUUCGAGCUGGUUCUUACAACUUUCCCAACGAUGAAAGAGAAUCGGAUAGGCUUGAUUUGACACACACUGUGAUGGUGAAGACCAUCGGCAAUAACCUCUUCCUAGCACCCGUUGACGAAGCUAAGACGCAUUGUAUACUGGAUAUAGGCACUGGAACCGGUAUCUGGGCGAUUGAGAUGGGGGACCUUUUCCCCAGCGCUGAGAUAACCGGGAUUGACUUGAGUCCCAUCCAGCCAUCAUGGGUGCCUCCAAAUGUCAAGUUCGAGGUCGACGACGUCGAAAGCCGUUGGGUAGGGAACAAGAAGUACAACUUCAUUUUCAGUCGCUAUAUGGCUGGCUCCAUCGCGGACUGGCAACUGAACAUGACCCGAAUCUUUGAGAACCUGACUCCUGGCGGAUGGGCGGAAUUCCAAGACUGGAGCUUGAUGCUCGACUCAGAUGAUGGGUCUCUGUACGGGACUCAGACACACCGAUGGGCCACGCUGUUCAUGGAAGCUUGCGCGAAUCUCGGCCGAGAUGGAGCACCGGGACCGCAGUUAGACACCUGGGUGAAAGACCACGGAUUUCAAGAUGUUGAGCAUCGGCACUACAAGAUUCCCAUUGGGCCUUGGGCAAAGGAUCCAUCGCUGAAAGAUAUCGGGAUGUGUAAUCUUAUCCAGAUGCUGGAGGGACUCGACGCAUUCACUCCGAAGCUAUUCUGCACCACGCUGGAUUGGACCAGAGAAGAGGCACUUGUGUUGUUGUCAGAGGUCCGUCAGGAAAUGAAGGCUUGCAAGUCUCACGUUUACUUGCAUUUCCACGUUGUCUAUGGGCAGAAACCCGAGUAA